AUGUCUAAACAAGUGUUGCAGGUGGAUGGAAAGUGCUUCCUAACGGAUCAGUUCUGGAAUGUCAGUCCGGCUGUGCAAUCACUUCUGAGCCGUCGAUUGCUUCUGGAGCCGUUCAAUCCUCUCUCUUUACUGAAGCGACGGAUAGUGGACCAUAUUAAUCGUUACGUAAACACGUUAGAGCCCUUUUUAGGGAGUAGAAGUCCUGUUUUCACUGUUUGCGAAAACGAGGCUAGAGUUGUCUCAACGUUCGAGAAUUUUGACUCUCUGCUGAUUCCUUUGGAUCAUGUCUCCAGAAGGCCAUCGGAUACGUACUACAUCAACAGCUCUCACUGCCUGCGUGCGCACACUUCAGCACACCAGUAUCGGUUGUUGAAAGAAGGACUGGAUGCUUUCCUUGUGAUUGGAGAUGUGUAUCGUCGCGAUGAGGUGAACCGUACCCAUUAUCCGUGCUUUCACCAGGUAGAAGGUGUUCGGGUGUUCUCUUCGCAUCAGCUGUUCAACUGCACUCCUGUCAAUCCCAUACCAAUUUUGGAAAAUGGUGAAAAGACUGCAGUUAAACAAGAGACACAUACUGAAGAUUCAGCAAAGGCACUUCAAAUCCAACUAAAGAGUACUCUCGAGGGCCUUAGUGAUGCGCUUUUUGGCGUAAAUUGUACGAAGCGAUGGGUCGAUGCAUAUUUCCCAUUCACUCACCCAUCCUUCGAACUUGAAGUAUUCUACGACGGAAAGUGGUUAGAAGUCCUAGGUUGUGGUGUCAUAGAACAGCGCCUGUUAGAGAGCGCUGGUAUCAGAGACAAGGUCGGAUGGGCAUUUGGUCUUGGCCUUGAACGGAUAGCGAUGGUGCUAUAUGGUAUUCCAGAUAUACGACUUUUCUGGAGCAAAGAUUCUGGAUUUCUUUCACAGUUUAGUGGAAAAUCUCCAAUGGAUUCCAUAAAGUAUAAACCAGUGAGCGUUCAUCCUCAGGUGUUGUUCGAUAUGUCGUUUUACCUACCAAAAGGUGUUUUUUUCAACGAUAUGACCUCGAACGUUUAUGAUGUCGUAAGAAACGUUGGAGGGGAUUUGGUGGAGCAGGUGAUUCUCACUGAUGAAUUCGUAGAUAAGAAGAAUCGAAUGAGCCAAACAUAUAGAAUCGUAUACAGGAGUCACACUAAGGCUCUCACGAAAGCUGAAGUUAACGUUGUACAUAAACAGAUUGCGGAUCAAUUAACGCAGUUCUAUGGUGUUACUCUAAGAUAG